AUGGGAAGCAGAUGCUGGUAUGUAAAGAGCAAUCAGGUCAAACGUUGCCUGCUUCUCCCACAGACCCUUUUGGACCAACAGGAACUGCUCUGUGGCCAACUUGCUGGAGUUGUGCGCUGCCUGUGGGACCUUUCUGGUACCCCGCCCACGCUUAUCCGUCUGCGGAAGCUUAAGUUUGCUGUCAGAGUGGAUGGCGACUACCUGUGGGCUCUGGGCUGUGGCGUGGAGCUCUCUGAUGUCAGCUGCAGGCAGUUUCUGGAUCAACUCAUUGGAUUCUUUCAUUUCUACAUGGGCCCUGUCUCCCUGGCCUACAAGAACCGUUCUGAGGAGGAGCUGAGCUUGCAGUGGGACACUGUCAUUACACAGGUCCUCAGGAGCACCAGUGAGUCCCACAGGAUCUUCAACGCCCUGUGGAAUCUGGACCACACCAAGGUGGAGCCCCUGCUGCUGCUGAAGGCAGCCCUCAUCCUGCAGACCUGCCAGCGCUCGUCCCAUGUCCUAGCUGGCUGCAUCCUCUAUAAAGGACUGAUUGUGAAUUCUCAGCUCCCUCCUUCCCUCACCGCCAAGGUCCUGCUUCAUCAGACUGUCCCUGCAGACCAGGGACUUCCUGGAGCAGGGGCUGCGCCACAGGACGCAGGGGCAGCAUUGCCGCCUAACGUGCAGAUCACCCCUGUUUUCCUGAGUGAGCAGGAAAUCGCUAGCCUCCACGAGUUCACGGUGGAGCAGGAGACUAGACUCCAGGAAAGUUCAUCUCAGUACCCUCCCUGGGAUCGAAGCACCCCUUCCCAGACAAAAGAUGCCACUAGGUGUGUGGCAUCUGUGGCCUGGACAUCAGCCACCAUUCUGGAGCCCACACCUCAUGAUGGAACAUGGCUGAAUGGCAGCGGGGCAGAUGGACACUUGCUUGGGCAGGAGCAGACUGCAGCUGCAGGACUGUGCACCACUGCCUGUGGCCAGGGUUCUGGCAUCAGCAGCAGGCUGCAGCAGGAGCUGGCUUUUUCCCACGAGGAACUGGACUUAUCUGAACUCCACAUCUCUGCGGCUCAGGAAGCCUCCCCACCCGUGCCUGUCCUAGGUGCUCCAGAAGCUGUCAUCACCAGCCACCAGGCCCCCACACUGCCUGCAGACACAGCAGUAUGCAGCUGCCUGGACCCUUCCCCUCUUGAGAGGCUCCCUGAGGGCAGGGGCCUGGAGUGGCUUGCAGACCUUCCCAUGACCAAUGGCCAAGCCCAAGUUCCUGGCACAGCCCCUCUCCCCAGAAGAAGCGGUGGGCCUGUGGUGCUUCCUCCUCAGGAUCCUGUGGGUACAGAGCCCAGUGUGGAGCAGUGUGGGGGUGGAGGUCGUGAGAGCCAUGGAGCCCCGGGGAGCACAUUGCACUCACCUGACUCCCAGGGCCCCAGCUCCUCUGCAGGCAGAAGUGGCCUCAAGCCAUCCCCAGCUGGGCCCCAUGCAGGGCUCUGGCCUGUGAACCUAUACAUUCACAGUGUGAAUGGCCUGGUCCUGUCCCUGCUGGCUGAGGAACCUCUUCUCAGAGACAUGGCAGCCAUCGAGGAGGUGUACCACAGCAGCCUGGCAUCCCUGAAUGGGCUGGAAGUCCACCUGAAGGAGACACUACCCAGAGACGAGGCUAGCCUCACAAGCAGCUCAUACAACUUUGUGCAUUAUGACCGAGUCCAGAGCAUGCUCACAGCCAACCUGCCGCUAGUGGCUGCUCCCCAGGACCGCCGCUUUCUACAGGCCGUCAACCUCAUGCACUCCGACUUCACCCAGCUGCCUACGCUGUACGAGAUGACCAUCAGGAACGCCUCCACAGCUGUAUACGCCUGCUGCAACCCUGCCCAGGAGACCUACUUCCAGCAGCUGGCGCCCACUGCCCGCAGCUCUGGCUUCCCGAACCCUCAGGACUGUGCCUUCAACCUCGCAGGCAAAGCCAAGCGGAAGCUCCUGAAGCACGGGGUAAACCUGCUGUGAGCUGUGCACAGCCUGUGUGUCACCUGGGCUGUGCAGCAGCCCCUCCAGACCGUGUCCCUGGAGCUAAGGUUGAGCAGGACCUUGCUCUUAAGUGGCAGCUGCAUGAUGGAGAGGGCUCAGGUCCUCCCAUGUGUAAGUGACUUGACUGUAUAAGGUGCAGAGCAGGCUGCAGCCUCAAGGAAUCUCAGCUGACAGUUUACUCAAGGUACCAAUGGUGCUCUGCACCCUUGAGAUGCUGAGUUUCAAGUUUAUGAAACAGGUUCCCAAGGGCUCAAAAAUAAAAUGACCAAACUGA